CACGACGUUAUGUAGCGUGGAUUUUCGCGGACGAUACAAUUUGCUAUUUCCUGGUGUACGAUGAGGCCACUCUUACCGAGUCUGGCUCUAGUGUUGUGCUUGCUGCUGGCUAUUCGAGAUAUCGACGCUUCAGCUUUCAGCCUUUCAAAUAUUAUUUCUACCAAUUGCAAGUACAAUGAGGCUGGGAAUCAGUAUGUGGAAGUGUCUCUCUUGCGAAGGGACCUCGAAGGGCUUGGUGUGAAAUCUGUCAAUAGCUUGAGGUUGCGGGAAAAUGGUCCUCAAUGCAGUUAUCAUCAUUGUCGUGGUCAUGAUCGAUGGAUGUGGAGAUUCAAUGGCUCACAGUGUGGUAGUCAGCUGUUGGUGGAAGAUGAUCGUAAAAUUAUAGCCAAUGUUCUCUUUAUCGAAGAAAAGAACUCGAUCAUCAGAGAUGUGGCAAUAGUCAUGUGUAGUUUUUCAAAUAAGGCAGCUGUAGGUGGAUCCAAAGCUGAACAGGAUGAACGUGUCACAAUGCCACAUCUAAAUUGGUCAAUAUAUCAUACUGAUGAUAAAUUCAUACCAUCCAUUAAACCAUCUGCUGCUAUUACCUUCAAUCAAGCAAAUACAUAUGUUGGAGAUUGGACUGAAAAAGAGUAUCUACAACUCAUUGUUCGCACAGAAAAUAUUAGUGUAUUGGAAGACUUGUAUAAUAGAGACAUUAUGCUGGCUGUGUACAACUGCUCGCUUGAUCUAAAACAUGAAGGCAAUGGAUCAGAGUACUCUGAACCAUUAGUAUUGAAUAGUUGUCCGGUUAUUGGUGGGAGUGAUUUUUAUGGAGCAAGUGCAUCUGAUUUCUCAAGUAUGAUUGUGCAUAUGAAUCUUGCAAAACAAUCUGAACGUUUAAAUGGCACUGAUGUGAACUUUGCUCGUCUUACUUGUACUGCAAGUCUUUGUCGGGAUCACGGGGUGGAGAAAUACAAGCAAGUGCCUCGGUGUCCAGGAUAUGUACAUCAUAAUUGUUAUCAGAAGAUGGAGAAUGUGAAUCCUUCUCUAAUUGAACAUUAUCAGUCGGGACUUUUGCAGAUGCAGAUUCCUCCUACUCGUGAACCAACUCCAUCGACAUCACUCACGAUUUCUGUUUCUAACUCUGCUAUCACCUCCACCUCUACCUCUUCUGCUGUAGUCACUAAAGCUGAUGAAGAUAAGUCGGAUAAAUCUGUGGUGUUGUCACCACUAUUUGCUACGGUUGUGUGCCUGUUAUGCUUUCUAUGUGGCUGUGCUUUGGUUGCCAUACCUUGGAUCGUGCAUGUCCACUGUCAUGUUCACUCGGAACUUCAUAGAGCAGUCUACCAGGUCAACAGCGACGAGACAGUUGAAGAAGGGCAAUGCAACAAGGAUGCUAAGAGUAAUCAUGAUGCAUUCUCUCUGGACUCGGGCAAUCCAGGGAGUUGUGCGCAGUCUCCUGCUAGACCAAUGUCUGGUUAACUUCUGUUAUUACAUGGAAGCAAAUUUGUUAUGUAAUGCUUGCAUUUUAGCAAGUUACAGUGUACUUUCAUUGCAUUUUCUGUUUAAUUAAUUCACAAACAUACAGUGUCUCUAGAUAGAUGAAUGCACAAGACAAGCAAUAGCUAUUGUGCUAGUUCUGAGUGUCAUGUGCAGUCACGUUAUUUUAAUUUAUUGUAACUAAUUAAUAACUAGUAACUGUG